CGAAUAUAAUAUAAAUUCACUUUUGCUCCUGAAUAUUCUCAUUCCCUCUACCAUAACAACCCACCCACCGCCCAGUCGCCCACAUAUCUGUAUUACAAAACCUUAGAAGACAAAAUGGCAGGUCUUUUCACUGUCCCUAUCGGGGACACCGGCUCCAUCACCGUCACAAAUCCACCAGCACCGUCCUCAGAUCCAAACUUCGACACUAAGAAGAUUUAUGUCUUGACAUUCACCUCCCCGGCUGACAACCGCCUCACACCCACCUUCAUCAACGCCUUCCUCCUGGCUCUCGAUAUCAUUGAGCACCGGUACCCCAAGGGCGUCGUGAUCACGACAUCAGGGAUCCCGAAGUUCUACAGCAACGGCCUUGAUUUGGCCCUUGUGCAAGAGACAGAGGGAUUUUUGGAGAAAUAUUUAUGGGUAUUGUUUAGGAGAUUACUUACAUACCCUAUGCCCACGAUUGCGCUCCUAAACGGACACGCAUUCGCAGGUGGGUUCAUGCUCGCUCAGUACCACGACUACCGCAUCAUGAACCCGCAAAAGGGCUUCCUGUGCAUCAACGAAAUCGAAUUCGGGGUCCCGCUGCAGAGUCCCAUGAUGCACAUCUUUACUGAAAAGUUGACACCUGUUGUCUAUCGCGACCUGAUCCUAGAGGCGAAGAGGAUCGGUGGUCCGGAUGCGCUGAAGAGGGGUGUUGUUGAUGGGGUUGGUGGGUUGAACGAGGCUGUGGAGUUUGUCAAGGAGCGGAAGCUGGAUGGGAAGGCCGGGACUGGUAUUUAUGGGAUUAUGAAGGAGGAGAUGUAUAGAAGGUUGCUUGACAGAUUGGAUGACCAUGCUGGGAAUUUGGAGUGGAGGGAUCGUGUUGAGGAUAGGAAAGAUGCCUUGGAGAAGGAGGGUGCUAAGAAGGUUGAGGCGUGGGAGAAGGAGAGCGGGAAGGCGAAGCUUUGAGAGGUUGGAGUGAAGCUUCAGUGAGGUGUUUGAUAUUCACCUACUUGGAAGAAGUAGGAAGUCUUUGAAAGUAGAUACUGUCAAGGUCUUUGUCAUAACCAGUAUAUAGACCACUUUUUGUAAGUAACUUGAGGGUUAUAGAUGUAAUAUUGUAGAUUUAUAACUUCUAUUAUGUCUUUGUC